AUGCAUGUAGGUGAAGAGUCUCUGCAGUGCAUUUGCCCGGCUACAGUGGCGCAGGCUUUCACAUCAACUCCCCACAUCUUUCCCCGGUCUCUUAUAUUUGGAAACCGAGCUCUAUCGACAUGAACGCGCUCCUAUCGCCGACCAAGACCGAGAUGUCUGUUUGCGCAAAAGUGAUCUUUUAUUCUCUUUUAGUCAAAUGAACCUAAUCGCGCCGGCCAAUGUAGCCGUCUAGUGCUCAGUUCUGCCCGUUCGGAGCGUUUUGUUAACGGGAUUGUUGUCUGCUUUAACACAUUAACCCUUGGAUUGGCCAAAAGCAUCUCCACAUCAGUCGGAUCAAAGAAGAGAUUCGACUUUUUUCAUCCGGGAGUGGGGGAUAAUAUGUCAAGACGCAAACAGACCAACCCUUUCAAAGUGAAUUGUAGGUAUCCCAGGGCCUUUUCACACGACUGGGUUGUCCGGCCCACAGCACACUUUUGAGAUGGAUGCUAGAGAUGACUUCAUUGAGGACGGUGAAUGCCAUAGCAACAACUCACAAGAACCUGAAGAGCAAGACAGCACAAGUGACGACGGUGAUAGUGAUUUUGAUAAAGACGACUCCUCAAAUGCCUCUGCUGAUGACAGCAUGACGAGUAAUAAGAGCAGCCAAUGCCCUAUACUACAUGAUGACGUCAAAGAGGAGAACGAGGAGGGGACAGACCAGGGCAGCAGUUUUGCAUGUCCUCUUUGUUCCCUGGAGUUCAAUAGCCCAGAUCAGCUCAUCGCACACGUCUACCAGCACACAGCUGUGGGUGGCAGCAAGAGUUACGUCUGUCCAGUUUGUGGACGAGCUCUCAGUUCUCCAGGCUCUCUUGGUCGCCAUCUCCUCAUCCAUUCAGAGGACCGACUGUCCAACUGUGCCGUAUGUGGGGCUCACUUCACAGACACCAACAACUUCAACAGGGAAAAGUUAAAGGAGUUCCUCGACACAAGCAGUAUAGAGAUCAACAGUGAGGGUGAGGCCUGUGCCAUGUCCAACUCUCUACCCAGAAGCACCAUGACCAACCCCAAUGCAAAUUCUGGUCCUGUACUGAACUCAUUGCCAGACGGACUUCUCCCUUCUGCGCAUUCUCUCCCCUCACUCUCUGACAGCCUCAGUCCUCCCAGCGCAGGACUUCCGCCUCUUCCAGACCUCAUGAACUCUAUGCCCGUGUACCCGGCUGGGGUUUUGUUGGUCUGCAACAGCUGCGUAGCCUACCAGCAGCUUGUGGACGCCCAGUCGCCGUCCAUGCGGAAAUGGGCGAUCCGUAGGAAAAAUGAACCCGUAGAGGUACGGAUGCAGCGGCUUGAACGGGAGCGAACGGCCAAGAAGACCAAGCGGGCAUGCGAGACACCGGAAGAGCGGGAGAUGCGCCGCUUACGAGACCGUGAGGCGAAGCGGCUGCAAAGGAUGCAGGAGACGGACGAACAACGAGCACGUCGUCUGCAGCGAGACCGGGAGGCUAUGCGACUCAAACGGGCCAACGAGACACCCGAGAAGAGGCAGGCACGGCUUAUCCGUGAGCGGGAGGCAAAGAGGCUAAAGCGGCGCUUGGAGAAGAUCGACCCAUCGUUGAGAAACCAGAUUGAGCACGACCCUGCUGCGAUGGCUGCCCUCACCGCUGAUAUGAGUCUAUUCCAGUUUUCCUUCCCCAUGUCCGUCCCUUCCAUGGACAAUGGACUGUUUAUGAAACUUCCCUAACAAGCACACCUCUCAACCCAACAUUUGAAAAGAAUUUGCCAUUCUUUCCUGACCAGAACUGUGAUGAAAAAGUUAUGGUCUUGCAGUAUCAAGAAGAUGCGCACCCUGACAGCGAUUUGCAGUGACGUAGGCACCAGAUGACAUUCAUUUUCAACAAGAAGAAAGAUCAUGAGUUGCAAGAUAGGCAGCAACACACAUGGCAACUGCCAGUGGAAGUAUAGACUGCAAAGCUCACAUGAUCCGCUGCCUGAUACACUUGAAUAUCGCAUUUGAGUACAGAAAUGGUUCUACAGGAUAGUCAAGGCAAGCAAUUGCUUAGAACCCCUAAGGGUGGUGGAUUAGAGUCAACAGCAAGAAGAAAUAAACCUUAUGAAAACUAGAGCUUGGCAAUGUUUAGUAGACUACACUGAACCCCUCUAGGGGCCUCAUCCCUUUAACUACGAUCUCAGUGAAAAGAAGAGCAGGCAUCAUGCAGAUGAUUUUCCCAUUUGGUAGUCAGAAGAGGAAAGACGAUUCUGCAGCACCGGUGUCCCCUAAAAAAAAACACCACCAGUCAAGUACUGACACCUACAAGCGACUAAGAUCAUGCAGAUGAUGUCCCCAAUCUGGUAGUCAGAAAAAGGAAAGAUGAUUCUGCAGCACUGGUGUCCCCUUAAAAAAAAAAAAAAAAAAUCACCACCAGUCAAGUAGGGACACAUACUAGCGACAAAAACCACUAUGACUUGCCAAGCUCCAGUGAUUUAAAAGCUGUCAGUGUGAACGCCCCUUUAUGGAUUUCUGUAACAUAAACUGACUUGCAUAAUUAACUGAACUUUAAGAAAUUCCGACAUUCACAGACAUUCUCUGUAAGCAUGUUUUAGGAAACUUGUCUACUUUGUUUUCAAGGCUCGGACUUAUAGCCGUCUUUCUUGAGAGCAGUGAGAUCCUUCCAGAAGGAGGUUCUCUGUUUGCACACGGACCUACAGUGACAGGAGUGAGACGUGUAGCCACACUCCACACUCAGCCUACUGUUCAAAAUUGCCAGUCUAAAAGGUUGGAGUUUACCUGCAACUAUGGCUCACCUCCCAGGACCCAAGAUUGGGUCACUACUAGCUCAUACUCACAGAACCAACUACCUCACCAUGGGAUCUUUGCAUGGCCUUGUCACACCUGUGGCCUCGACCGGAACCACAGGGGCUGUGCAAGUCCACACACUGGCUCAAUAUUCCCUAUGCCAACACAUAAUCUAGACCAGGGGUGUCCAACCUUGCUCCUGGAGGAUUCAUUCUCCAGAAGUCACCCCUGAACCAUCUAAUCAAGGUAUUCAGGGUUACUUGAACUGGAACAAAACUCUCCAUGGAGGUGACCCUUCUGGAGCAAGAUUGGACACCCCAGGUUUAAUCAUUGCUCUACAUAAGGGGUGCCCAAACUCGGUCCUGGAGGGCCGGUGUCCUGUAGAGUUUAGCUCCAACUUGCCUCUGCACACCUUCUGGGAAGUUUUUUAUGCUGAGUAAGAGCUGGUUCAGGUGUGUCUAUUUAGGGUUGGAGCUAAAAUCUGCAGGACACCAGCCCUCCAGGAGUUUGGGCACCCCUGCUGUACAUGUUCAUCGAAACGAUAACACUUCAUUUAAACGCUGUUUGAGUACCGCUAACCCAAAUGCUGACAUCUACUUGGGCUUGCGGUCUUGUGGUCUUUCCUUAUGCAGAGACCAUACUUGUCAAGAUUUCCAAGGAUACCACUUUCCUGGCCCUUGUGUCCCUAAGCACACCCUUUAGUUGAGCCCGGACUGGUGCGUACUUUGGAAACAGACUGCUACCUGAAAGUCUAUGGCAUUAUAUCACUAAAGUAUGGACUCCAAGAAGGACUUCAAGGGCUGAGGGUGCCAUGUGGGACAGGGCCACUAUUGAAAACU